AUGAAUAAAAACAAGGAUACAGAUAGAAAAAAAAAAGUAAAUGAACGAAAAAAUAAUAUAGUAAAUAAUAGAAGAAAUAAAGUGAUUAAUAACAAUGUAAUAGAAAAUAUAUCUUCUAAUAAAAAAAGUAUUAAAAAAAAAAUUGAAAAAAAGAAAAUGAAAAAGAAUUUAGUUAAUACAAACGAUAUAAUAGCUAAAAAGAAAAGUUUCCUUAAAGAAACAUAUAAAAGAGAUAAAAAAAAACAUAUAGAUAACAAUGGGAUUAUAAAAAAUAAGAAAAUGGUAAAUAUAAAAAAUGAAAUAGGAAAAAAAAAGAAAAAAGAAAAUAUUACGAAGAAUGGGAUAAAUAUGAUUAAGAAGAACAACACAAAUAUAAUUAAUGAAAAGGAAAAGGUAGAAGAAGAAGCAAGUGAAAAAAAAAAUGUUGAAAAUGACACAAAUAUUUUGAAAGUGGAUGAAGAUCCUUAUUUAUUAAAAGACGCUAAAUACAUUAAAAAAAAUGAGUUAUGGAAAAAUAAGCAAAGAGUGUUGAUUGUACGUUCUCCAUUAAAAAAAAAAAAUUGUAAAUCAUUUAUUGAAAAUUUAAAAUUAUUAUUACCUCAUCAUAAGAUAGAAAAUAAGUGGGAUAAAAAGUUAAAUAAAAGUGAAUUAAAUGAAAUAAGUUAUAGUAGAAAUUGCAAUAAUAUUAUAUUUUUUGACGUUAAAAAAAGACGAUAUUGCUUAUGGAUAUGUAAAAAUAUAACUGGUCCUUCUUUAUAUUUUGAAAUAUUAGAUUAUAUACCACUACAUAGUUUGAUUUUUUCAGGUAAUUGCUUAUUAUAUUCUAGGCCACUUUUAAUUUUUAGUAAACAAUUUGAUGAAUUAGAACAUUUAAAGUUAAUCAAAGAAAUAUUUAUUCACGUUUUUGGGAUACCUAAUUAUCAUCCUUUAAGCAAACCUUUUUAUGAUCACUGUUAUAAUUUUUUUUAUAUAAAUAACUUAAUUUAUUUUAGACAUUAUCAAAUAUUACCAAUAACAUUGGCUGAUUCAAAUAAUAUUAAUAAACAGAAACUUGUAGAAAUAGGACCGAAAUUUACUUUACAUAUUAUAAAAAUAUUUGAAGAAUGUUUUAAAGGGAGAAUUCUUUAUGAAAAUACAAAAUAUAAAAAUUAUGUUACAUCUCAACAAAUGAAGUUAAAUCAACAUUUAAAAAAAAAGAUGAAUAAUAUAAAAAAGAAAGAAAAACGAUUUAAAAAAAUUAAAGCAAUUAAUAGAUUAAUUAAAACAGAUAUUGACUUUUAA